GGGUGGGGCGGAGUCCAGGCUCCGGCGGACGUUGGGCGGUGCGGGCCAGUGGGAAUCGUUAGGUACGUUCCGGGCCCGCCGACCCAUGGCCCGGGCGUCCCGCUCGGAUGGCCUGCCUCCGCUCGCUCCGGGGCCGCCGCCGUGGGCGCUGGCGGGGGCCGCGGGGGAGGAGCCCUGGGAGAGAAGGCGAGCGGGCGCCCUCGGCGGGGAGGUUCGCGGCGAGCCGGGGCUGCCGGUGGCCGGGAGCAUCCCCUGCUUGGACCAGCGGCCCGGCGGAGCUGCCAGAGGGCAGCCGUGGUGGGCGGCGCCGACGGACAAGGGAGGGCCCCAUGAGGCUGGCGCCGCAGACCCGAGGCAGGAGGCUGCCGCCGACGGGCCGGUCCCUCCCGCGCUGCAGCGUCUCCGGGCUGUGUUGCUGCGGCUGCACCGCGAGCGGGAGCGGCUCCUCCAAGUGCGGGACUGCGCCCGCCACCUGCAGGCGGCCGUGCGCCUCCUGAGGAUGCUGGACCCCGGCGCGCCGUUCCCGGGCCCGGACCCCUGGCCUCAGCUGUGCCGCGACCUGCUGCCGCCGCCUCCCCGAAAGGCAGUCCUGCGAACCGGCCUUGGAGAGACUCCCGAGCCGCUACUUCUGGCGCGCCCCGUCGGACUAGCUGCCCAACGCCUGGAGGCCGUCAUCGAGACGCAGCUUCGUGCUCUGGGCCGGGCGCCCGCCAGCCCCGUCCUGUCAUCGCAACUGGCUGACCUGCUGCUCGCGCUUCCCACCUACCAUCAGCUGCAGGGAAAAGCCUUCGACCACGUCCCAGGGGCAGCGCGCCCUUUCCCCCCGGGCCGAGUGCUUUGCCUCCUGGCGGAAGAGCGGGGUUACCUGGUGGCUGGUCGGCUGAAUGAGGCGCUCAGGGGAUCGGGCUUGUGGGACCAGCUCCGCACGUGGUGGUGUGAGGAGCGGGAGCUGCUGCCGGGUCUCUUGGGCUUGAUUGGGGGCGUGGCAGGUCCAGCCAGCAGUGGCCUGGGGCUUGGUGGGGCUGGAGCCCUGUGGAGCCAGUACUGGGCCCUGCUAUGGGCAGCCUGCGCUCAGCGUCUGGACCUAAGUCUAGGACCCUGGAGGGACCCCAGAGCAGCGGCACCACAGCUGAGUCAGGCAUCCCUGCCUCAGGAGUGUGAGAAGGAGCUGGCUUCUUUGUGUCACAGCCUGUUUCAUCAGUCUCUUAUCCGGAGCUGGGACCAAGUCUUCUGCCAAGCCUUGGGGUCUGCGGGUGACCAGAGCAGCCUUUCCUCAUCCUCUCAUAUCACUGAACUUCUGCAACGGCUCUUCCCUCCUCUCUUGGAUGCCCUUCGAGAGCCCAAGUCAGGGCUGCUCCUCUGUCAGCCUCCAGGCCCUGCACCCCUUGCCCUGGGGCUCUGCACCUUGCAGACAACCUUGCUCUGGUUUUGGGGCAGAGCUCAGCAGCAUCUGGCAGCCUGGGCCCCAGGUUCCUUCCUGCUCCUGAUCCAGAAGGACUUACCUCCUCUGCUACAUCAGGCAGAAGUUCUCUCGAGCCUGGCCUCAGAGGAAAGCUUGGCCCUGGAGGUGGAGCAGCAGCUGGGCCUGGAAAUCCGGAAGCUGACAAUACAGAUCCAGCUCCUGCCUGAAGAGUCACUGAGUCUCUUUUUUCAAGAAUGCUAUAAACAAGCUACACAGGGCUUCGAACUUCACAUGCCACGGGGUCGGUACUGGCGGCAUCGUCUUUGUCCUGAACUUCCCAGCAUUCCUAGUGAGUAUGCUGGGUUGGUGGUCCGCACUGUACUGGAGCCUGUAUUGCAAGGAUUGCAGGGUUUGCUACCUCCAGCCCAGGCCCCUGCCCUUGUCCAGGCAUUGACAGCCAUCCUGAGUGCCUGGCUGGACCACAUCCUCACCCAUGGGAUCCGGUUCAGCCUGCAGGGGACACUGCAGCUUAGACAAGAUUUUGGAGUGGUCCGGGAGCUGUUGGAAGAAGAGCGGUGGGGCCUGUCCCCUGAACUUCGCCAGAAUCUGCUCAUGCUCAGCAUCUUCCAGCAGCUGGAUGGGGCCCUGCUGUGUCUACUGCAGCAGCCCCUGCCCAAGAGUCAAGUCCACAGAAGGCCUCCCUGUUGCUGUGCGUGUAAGGAGGUCCAAACCUCGGAAUUGCCCAGCAGCAGCCUCAACAGCCUGGAGAGCUUGGAGCCCCCUCUUCGGCCUGGAGCACCCCCAGCACAGACAGCUCAGCUGCUGAGCAUGCUGUGGGGUGGGGGACCUAGCCCUGAGGCUUACCUGGUGGGAAAUCAGCAGGCCUGGCUUGCCCUAAGGCAGCACCAGCGCCGCCCCUGGUGGCAACUGCCUUUUCUUUCCUGCCUGGAGACCAGUCCUGAACCCUAAGGAGUCUAAUCAGCAGCCAGAACGUCAAUGCUCUGCAUUUCUGGCUGGGAAAGCCCAGACAUUGGAACUGCCUGUUAAAGAAGCCUACACCUGGAAGCUUGGAAGAAAACAUAUGUGAGAACAAACUACACAGCCUGGGCUUACCAGCUAAGAAUCCAGGGUCACUCCAGUAUCUGGAAUCCAGAGUAAAUGGCAAUACCACAGCCUGGAGCCAGGAGGCUCAGGCCUAAUUCCCCAUCAGUGAAGACACUGGGAGGAGGGCCACAGGGUUGUAUCCCAGAGGAAAGGGAAGGAGAAAAAGCUGUAGGAAACAGAGAGCCUAGAUGCCACUUCUUAAGUCCCCAGAGUCAGACCAAACAUAAAGUUAGUACAUCAGGAACCACAGAGGUGAAACAGUCAUAGCUGGGUCUGUCCCAAGGGUUGUAUUACCCUGUCCUCCCCAUUACUACUUUCAGCCGUUGAACCAUAUUGGGCUGUAGGACCUUCCCGGUUAAGUUUUGGUUACUGAGAGUUCAACGUGUUUAAUUUUUCUUUCUUUUUAAAAAAAUAUAUAUUUUAUUGCUUU